UUCCAAAUGCUGUGGGAUGGGAACUUAACAGAGGGAAGACGGUACCUAGGUGUAUCAGCCUUGCCGAGUCCAUUGAUCCAAUAAGGCUAUCCAUAUCAGCAGCAGAUUUGAACAUAAAACUAAGGAGAUGAAGUACUUGCCAACUUCGAACCUAAACAUUUUGUCUGCGAGUGUGUCUUCUCCUAGGUGCGGGUACACAUGAAUGCCAGGUUGCUUGCAUGCUUAUGGCUUGGGGUGUUAGAAAUAUUGCGCUACUUGACAGUUGCAAGGUAGCCAUGUCUACUCUACUGAGGCUGCCCUUAUACUGCUUGGUUGACUGCCUAAAUAGUGAUUUUGAAGCCACAGCAGUGGAUAAAGCUCUCAAUAGGAUAUUUCCUGCAGUGGAAGCAGAAGAUAUUGUGAUGGCUAUAUGGUUGCCUGGGCAUCCAGUGCCUAGCCAAGAAGAGAAUAGUGUGCUUGAGGAUUGCAGACGGCUACAAAUUUUGAAUGAUUCUCAUAAUGCAGAAAGUAGAUGGCUUCCAAUCCUUCUUUGUGACAAUGCUAACAAGAUUAUCAUUAAUGCAGCUUUAGGUUUUGAUAGCUUUUUGGCUAUGUGCCAUGGUGUUGGUCCUCUCAGGACCACUUCCUAUUUUCAAGCUGAAGCUCUAGCUGCCACUUCUGCUGAAAAAAAUAGGAAGCUUCCUUCUAAGUGA